GUUCCGAUCUCUCGAUUUAGCUACAAGUCAUAUAUCUAGUGAUGCUAAUGGCCCUUGUAUUUCUUGCACAAGUUUAACAAAAUACACUUGUUUAAAGUGCAAAAAAUUUAUAUGUACAAGGUGCUCUAUUUUUGAAGACGACGAAGAGAGUGUUGGUUGGAAAGCAGGACGAGCGGUUUCUCGUUGCGAUGCAUGUUUUCGUGAAAAGAUUGGGAGUGAGGAAGUCGAUCAAGAAAGUGGUAGGAGUUCAUCUUCUCGGGCGAGCAUACGUUCAUUUCGACUGUCCUCUUGUGAGAUCACCGAAGGCGAAGUUAUGGGUCCAACUGAAAGUGUGGAAUAUGAUGAGUUUGAACAUGAUUUACUUGAUCAGUCAAAUGACGAUAGUGAUUUGAAAGAAAUUGAUGAAAAGAGAAAAAAGAGACCUGGCCGUAAGUCUACUUGGAACCCUGAUGAUGUAAAUGAUUUAAUUGACAUCGUUUUGAACAGUGAUUAUUACAAAAGAAAACUUAUAUUCACCAAUACAAAGUGCCAACGAAAUAGUGAGAGUUAUGGGGAAAUUUUAAGAGAACUGAAAAAGAGAGCUUUAGCAAGAGGUAGUGAGUUGAAGUCCAGUGUAAAGCAGUUACAUACAAAGUUCAAGAAAUGUGUUAGUGACUGUAAACAUGCUGCUUACAAUUAA